GUAACAUCUGUGUGUAUUUCGUUCUGAAGGAUUACAGUACACUGCAGCAAUCGUCGGAUGUUGCUGGUGGAAGCUGCAAACAAUGACUCGUACAUCAUAGUUUGCAAAUUAUAUGCGGUCCAUCUCGUCGGAGGACGCUUUCAUUGUAUCCGAAAGCAUGCUGCAUCAAACUGUGUUGGGCUGAGGAGCUGCAGAAUGUGAUCAACUCCAGACCGAGCACGUCAGUGUUGGCGAAAGUGGCCGUCCGAAGAGCAGCAGAUACAGCAAAGUGUGAGGAGAGCUUAACGGAAUCGGUUGAUUUGCAAGAAAGCAAAGCGAUUCUGGAAAAGAAUCACAUUCAUUCAGCGCUAAACGGCAAACCGAAGAUUGUGAAAAACGUGUGCAGAAAGAAAAUUCGGAAAUUGGAGUUGAAGAGCGGUGUGUUGGUGUUUUUUUUUGUUCAUGCAAAAAAAAUGUAUUGAUGGCGGCACGGUAUUGAAGUGCAUCUUCGGGCUGGAUUUUGCCUGGAGCGAGGAAUAAGAUGUGUGUUCGAAGAUAGUUUCAUCUGCUGUGUUGUUGUUUAUUGCUUACAAUGAUUACCCUCAGCUGUGAUGUGAAGUUAUACGAAGGCAAAAAAAUGCCUGUGAGGGUUAGGCUUGGGUGAGGAGUGUGUAUAAUGAAGGUGGCGAAGACAAGUGGAAAAGAAAAUAAAGAGGGUGUAAAAAGUGAGCAAAAUGGCAAACGUGUUUUUAAUGUUCGGUUCGGCUAUUGUCCUGCUGCUUGGUUAUGCUAAUGUUGGAUUAAGCAUUCAGCAGCACGAUGCGUAUGGUACGCAUGAAACGUCCGCUAUCGGACCGGAAUCCGAUUUUCAACACCACAACCGGUGUGAACCCAUCACUAUUCCCUUCUGUACGGAUAUUCAGUACAACAAAACUAUCAUGCCGAACUUGCUAGGUCACGUCAAACAGGAGGAAGCAGCGUUGGAGGUUCAUCAGUUCAUUCCGUUGGUCAAAAUUGACUGCAGUCCGGAUCUGAAAUUUUUCCUCUGCUCACUGUAUGCACCGGUUUGCACGAUCCUUAACUAUCCCAUACCGCCAUGCCGCAGUCUGUGCGAAAGCGCGCGCGUUUGCGAAAGUAUCAUGCGGACAUUUGACUUCCAGUGGCCGGAGAAUCUCGAAUGCAGUAAGUUUCCAGCCGACGGUCAGGAGAUCUGUGUGUCACAAAACAACUCUUCCGAGAGCACGUCAAUACCACCGAGUGCGAUCCAUACCACUAAACCACAGGUUCCUCGACGGAACACCGCACCCAACGUGCCCCAUCGUGAUCUGGGCUUCAUCUGUCCCGUUCAACUGAAAGCUCCGACGAUAAUGGGCUAUCAACUGACGGUCGGUGGAAAGGUCACGAAAGACUGCGGUGCACCGUGCAACUCGAUGUUCUUCUCGGAAAACGAGCGAACCGUGCUGAAGUACUGGGUCGGCUCGUGGGCUGCCGUCUGCGUGGCAAGCUGCCUGUUUACGGUGCUCACGUUUCUGAUCGAUUCCUCGCGGUUUCGAUAUCCGGAGCGGCCGAUCGUUUUCCUGGCGAUCUGCUAUCUGAUCGUCGGUUGCGCCUACGUGGCCGGUUUGGGGGCCGGCGAUUCGGUAGCGUGCCGGGAGCCUUUCCAGCCGCACAUCAAACUGGGUCGGAUGCAGAUGCUGGCGACCAUCACACAGGGCCAUCGGCAGUCCACCUCCUGCACGGUGCUCUUCAUGGCGCUGUACUUCUGCAGCAUGGCAGCCUUCGCCUGGUGGGCCUGUCUGGCGCUGGCCUGGUUCCUCGCCGCCGGCCUCAAGUGGGGUCACGAAGCCAUCGAGAACCGGUCCCAUCUGUUCCAUCUGGUGGCGUGGGCCAUCCCGGCGGUGCAGACCAUUUUCGUGCUCGCCCUCGGCAAGGUGGAAGGUGACGUCCUAUCCGGGGUGUGUUUCGUCGGUCAGCUGGAUACGCACUCGUUGGCCAUGUUCCUGCUGAUUCCACUAUGCAUUUACCUGUCGCUGGGAGCGAUAUUCUUGCUGGCAGGAUUCGUAUCCCUGUUUCGAAUCCGAACGGUGAUGAAGCACGAUGGCACCCGCACGGACAAACUGGAACGGCUAAUGCUGCGGAUAGGGUUCUUCAGUGGGCUGUUCAUUCUGCCAGCGCUUGGCUACUUGGGUUGUCUGUUCUACGAGUUCUACAAUUUCGACGAAUGGAUGAUCCAGUGGAACCGUCAGAUGUGUCGGAUCUUUUCUAUUCCCUGUCCGGCUACCAAGUAUAACAGCAACAUGGUGCCAGAAGAGGAGAAACCAAUCUUCCAUAUCUACAUGGCUAAGUAUGUUUGCUCGAUGCUGGUCGGUGUCACCUCCAGCGUUUGGCUUUGGUCCGGUAAGACGGUCGUUAGCUGGAGGCAAUUUGCCGAACGGUUGCAGGGCAAGGACAGUCGCAGUCGAGGAGCCUACGUCUAGUAGGACCAGGAACUGAAAUUAGCGAGAGGAGUCGUCCAUGGCCGUCGUCGCUGUAUUUAAACUACGCUUGAGAAGAUUUCUACCACCAAUUUGGCCGACAUCACGGCGCGGUUGGUAUCAUUUCACCGAAAGAAAGCGGCUUCUGGACUGGCUUUUUUUUCGAACCAAGGUUAAUCAUUUGAUGCCAAAACAAUAACAGAUUUUGAGAGCCAGCACCGGUCGUGCAGUCAGAUACUGCGAAUCGGAUCCUAAUGCUGGUUAGUGUACAUUUAAGAAGGAUCAAACGUAAUUAAGGCGAAAUUUGUCAGUAGAAUUUAUUCACUCUAGCUACUUAAUAAACGAUUAGAUACGUAGAAGGCAAAUAAUCAAAACCGAAAGGAAAUAUUGUAUGCUGCUGUAAAUGUAGAUUGACUUUGUGUAUUUAAACCAAGAGGCGCAAAGCUUCACCAAGAUGUUUUUCAUGGCCAAGAUACUUAUGAUUUAGUAUGUGGAAAUACUAUCCCACACAUUCUAUAGUAUUUUGAGAACAUAUUAACACCCAUAAGCAGCUUGAACAAAACUUCCCAAAAAAUGCCAUGCAUCACGUAGGAUCAUCAAAUCCCGUAUAAAAUGUAGAAUGCUUCAACAACUCCUAGAAAUAAAAACAACACACCUUCUGUGGUUUUAUCCGCACUUGGAUAAACGUCAUCUUAUCUGUAAAGAAUUCAACAAUUUUCUGUUGAGAAUACGAAUAUGUUAAGUUUCAGUAAGUUAAACAUAAGUUCAGUCGAUUAGUCAAAAUAGUUUAGUUGUUUCAUGAAUAACUUUGCUAGUUAAGAAAUCGGCUUCGACCUCUAACCGGUAGAAUUUAGUUAGCUAAGGUGAUCGAACUGUGUCAUACGAAAACAGACUGUGCAUAAGAGGAUACACAUGAGAUAUUUUAUUGUUUCAAAUGAUUGUAAAAAGUAAUUUUAAUUAUAUACCUACCUAGAAGUUUUUUAAGGAAAACUCGUUUCAAGAGAAGCAAU